CCUCCAUAGCCGGAGCUGCCCCCGAGCUCCGCUCCGCCGCCGGGGAUGCGGACAGCUGCGAGCGCCCGCGGCUCUGGGCUGCUCCUGCGGCUGCUGCUGCUGCUUUGCCCGGCGCGGAGCUUCCCGCACCAGCAGCCCGGAUUUCAGUCACUUUCUCAUCUGUCUUCCUACGAAAUUAUUGUGCCCAAGAGGAUAGAACGAGAAGAGCAAAGAACACAGCCACAACAUUUGGUGGACAAGUUAUCAUUCAAUGUUAUAAUUGAAGGAAGAGAAUAUAUAAUUCAUUUAAGAAGGAACAAAGAUCUGAUGUCCCAAGACUUCACAAUUUACACCUACAAUAGAAGUGGAAGUCUGCAAACUGAAACUCCAAAUCUUCAGAAGCAUUGCCACUACCAGGGAUAUGUCGAAGGCGUCUCAGAUUCUACAGUUGCAAUCAGCACCUGCUUCGGGCUCAGGGGCAUAGUACAGAUGCAGGACGUCACCUAUGGGAUUGAGCCCAUCAACUCAACUUCUUACCAUGCUGUCUACCGGAUGAAGAAUGUGAAGAAAGAGCCCCGGAGCUGCGGCGUCUCUCAUCUGGAAGGAAACUGGGAAACCGCCGAUGCUCAGCACCAUCCAGAUGUUCCUCUAAUGGCGAGAAGGAAAAGAAGCGUUCUUCAACAGACAAGAUACGUGGAGCUCUUCAUCGUUGUAGACAAAGAAAGGUACUAUUUGUUAGGCCAGAAUAAAACGGCAGUCAGAGAAGAGAUGGUGCAGCUGGCAAACCUUCUGGAUAGUAUGUACAUCAUGCUAAACAUCCGCAUUGUGUUGGUCGGCCUGGAGAUCUGGACGCUCGAAAACAAGAUCCGGAUGGAAGGAGCCGCCGGAGACGUCCUUGCCAAUUUCGUGCAGUGGAGAGAGCGGGAUCUGAUUCCCCGCCGACGGCACGACAGCGCCCAGCUUGUUCUGAGGAAGGAUUUUGGUGGCACAGCUGGGAUGGCUUACGUGGGCACGGUGUGCUCCAAAAGUCACUCUGGAGGCAUUAAUGUGUUUGGACCUACCAGCGUGCAGGCGUUUGCAUCCAUUGUCGCUCAUGAGCUUGGCCACAACCUGGGCAUGAACCACGAUGACGAUAGAAACUGUCACUGUGAAACGGGGAACUGUAUUAUGAACUCUGGAGCAUCAGGUGCCAGGAAUUUCAGCGCCUGCAGCGAGGAAGACUUCGAAAAGCUAACCCUGAACAAGGGCGGAAGCUGCCUUCUCAACAUCCCCAGGCCUGAGGAAACCUACAGCAUCCCAUACUGUGGCAACAAGCUUGUGGAUGCGGGAGAAGAGUGUGACUGUGGGUCAGUGGAGGAGUGUAAAUCUGAUCCCUGCUGUGAGGCAGGAACUUGCAGGCUUCGCUCAGGAUCCGGCUGCGGCUACGGAGAUUGCUGUAAAGAUUGUCAGGUAACAAAUUCUGUUCUGUACAGAGAGAAGCCAAAUUACGUGGGAGCAGCUUUUACAGGGAAAUUGUGCCUCCGAAAUUUUGAUGCAGCCAUAGCUCUGUAUGAGAAGACGAUCACUUUGGAGACCUUCUCAGUCAUUCUGGCUCAACUGCUCGGUUUCAGCCUGGGGAUGGAAUAUGAAGACGGCAAAGACUGCAAAUGCCCUGGAGCCGUCUGUAUAAUGCACACGAAUGCAGUUAAUUCAAACGGAAUUAAAAAAUUCAGCAGCUGUAGCAUUGUCGACUUCCAAAAUUUCAUUAAGUUCAAAAGCCCCCCUUGCCUUUCUAAUCGGCCAAACUUGAAAUUGUAUUCUCGGAAGAAACUGCCCAAAGGCAGAUCAGCUUGUGGGAAUGGUAUUUUGGAACCUGGAGAGAAAUGUGAUUGUGGAAGCAUUGAGCAUUGCAAAAGGAGUAAAUGUUGUACCAGCAGUUGUACGUUUCAGAGGGGAGCCGUCUGCAGUAAUGAAUUAUGCUGUGAAAAUUGCAAGUUCAAGCCAAGAGACACAAUAUGCAGACAACCGUUAGACAAGCAUUGCGACUUUCCCGAGUACUGCAAUGGGAGUUCGGCUAUUUGCCCGGACAAUGUUUAUGUCCAGAAUGGUGCCGGCUGUGCUUCUAACACCGGCUUCUGUUACAGUGGAUCUUGUCAAUCAGCCGACUUGCAUUGCCAGGAAUUCUUCGGAUCACGGUCAAGAAACGCUCCACAAGUCUGCUACGAAGUGAAUAGCCAGGCUGAUAGAUUUGGGCACUGUGGCAUCGAUCUCAAAAGGAACUUUAAAACUUGCUCUCUUCGGGAUCUCAGAUGUGGAAAGUUAAUUUGCACAUAUCCCUACGGCACUCCUUACACUAAAAUUAACGUCCCCGUCUUGUAUAUGCCGGUGAAGAAUGUUGUCUGCGUUUCAUUGGACCUUAAACAUCCAGAAGGCACACCCGACCCUAUGAUGGUGAAAGAGGGUACAAAAUGCGGACUUGGUAAGAUUUGCCUCAGACAAAAAUGCGAAAACCAUGGAAAUCUGAAUUAUGAUUGUAACUCUGCGAAGAAAUGCUCAGGACAUGGGGUAUGUAAUAACAAAAGAAAUUGCCACUGCGACCCAGGCUGGGCUCCUCCAGACUGUCGGAUAAAAGGAAGCCCGAUGGGAGGAAGUAUUGACAGCGGACUUCGCUAUCUGGAUCUGGAUCUUGCAAAAAAGGCCAGAGAAGACACCAUGAGGACGUGGAUCCUGCUUAGCAUUUUCCUGUUCCUGCCCAUUAUUAUUGGAAGCAGCCUUCUGGCUGUUAAAUGGAAACGUAUCAAAAAAUCUUGCUUCGAAGAUGAUGAACUGGAUGAGGAUUCCGAGUCUUUUUCUAGAUCAGAAGAGAGUAACACAUCGGAAAAAACAAGUUUCAGCUAAACAGAUCUGAUGUGAGCGGAGGAAAAUUACACAGCGGCUUUCCACGGAAGAAAAGAGGACGCAAGAUCACUGCACAUUUAUGUAUAUGCCAUCUAAUAAAUCACGGUUUAAAGCACGAA